AUGUUAGAUGACUCGAGUUUUUCAAAGAAUUCCCUCUGUGAUUCACUGCGGCGCGCCUCGUGACGUCACAUCCGUUUAAUCUGAAAGGCUCUCGCUUGCUCAGUCUGAACAAUCGAUAGCUGUGCUCAACAAGCCUACCGAGGAUAUACUCUUUGGAUCUGUAUUUUGUCGUGUGUCUGGAUUAAGGAUUAACUAAUCAUGGGCUUAGGAAGCUGUUACACCUGCAUCAAGUAUUUGAUGUUUGCAUUCAACUUUUUAUUUUGGUUGCUUGGUAUGGCUAUUCUGGCUAUCGGCAUAUGGGUUCGCGUCGAUCCUAACUUUAGCCAGUACAUGGACCAGACAGUCAGCAGUAACCCAACGUAUGUAGCAGCUUACCUCUUCAUCGCCGUCGGCUGCGUCGUCGUCGUCAUCGGGUUCUUUGGAUGUUGUGGAGCCAUCAGAGAGAGCCAGUGCCUGCUAGGUUUGUUCUUCAUCAGUUUGUUCAUCAUCUUCUGCGUUCUACUCGGUGCCGGCAUCUACUGCGUGGUCCAGAAAGACAGUAUAAAAGAUCUAGUGGGCGACUUCCUCCAAAAGUCGGUGGAUGAUUACAGUGAACGACAGCAAGCCAAGGAAGCGAUGGACAACAUCCAGAAAAAUCUCGAGUGCUGUGGCGCCAAAACGGGGUCAGCAGAUUAUGCAAUCGUUCCUGGAGUUCCAGACACCUGCAAACCAGUGAACUACAAGAGGCCCUGCGUUGAGAAACUGUUCAAGAUAUUGUCAUCUCACCUCAUCAUCGUCGCCGGAGUUGCUAUCGGCAUUGCCCUGAUCAUGAUUUUGGGAAUGAUCUUCUCCAUGGUAUUGUGCUGUGCCAUCAGAGACGUGAACGCGUGAACAUCCUGCAGCUAUGAAGAACAAAGAGUUACUUUUCUAUUUUGAGUGCUUGGUUCAAUCCUAGAAUGAAUUAGUUACAGAUAACGAACCUAAACACUCUGGAAAGUGAUUUAGGACCUAAACGCUCUCUAUGAGAACUGUUAGAUCAACUAGUUGUGCUUGUAAGUGUUUUUUGAAGGAGGUUUUGUUUUGUUGUUUGAAAUUCCAGGCAUUUCAGUGUAGUCAAUAGAAAGAUGAUUGCUACUGGAAAUAUACGAUGUAGUUCAUAUAUAUUUUAAUAAGGAAAUGUCCUCGUAAAUAAUUGCUAUAUUGCGUUUUUCUAUGCCGGCAACUACAGAUUUAUCUAUAUAUUGCUUCUGGCAUUUGUAAAGAAUAAACUCAUCAAUGAUCUACUUUUGACCUUGGCAUCGACCUGGACCUUUGUGGUUGCCAAUGCUUAUCUUACGUUUGGACAUGUAUCAGAGCAUGUGUUAUGAAACAAUUUUACUUAUCGUAUUAUCCCGUAAGUUGCCAAUAUGUCCAUCUGGCUUGUUUUAAUUUUCUUUAUUCAAUAUCAAAAAUGGUUCUUAUUUGCAUCUUCUUCUUUUAAACAGUGUGUCAACUAAACGACUUGUGUUUCCUUCAUUCGUUGAGUUAUAGUAUUUACUUGAAGGUUGAAUUCGAAAACAAUUCUAAAACACACUAGUUUCCACACCGAAAUAAAAAUCCCAACAUGCACAGCGAAGAUCGUGUAUUUGCCAGAAUAUUCUAUGUAGCGAACUUAACAAUAUUUCUGAAAUCUGAUCUCGUUGAAGUAAUGGAUAGCGAACCAUUUAGAUCUAACUGUUUUGCUAAACGCCCAUAAUCAAGGGAUAUAACUCGAAUUGGCUUCUGACGAAAACCGGCAAGAGAAUAGUUUGCACACGGAUAAAUAAAACCGAAGAAUGAGUUCAGGAUUUUAGAAAUGAUUAUAGGGACCAUUACAAUUCCGUAAUGGAAGGCAGCAUGUUGUUCGUUUGUUCUUGUAUAUUGUUGUGUACAGAGUGUGUUGUUCUUGCGGAUUUGUCAUUGCUCAGUGUUAUGGAAACAAAUAUAAAAGAUGAAUGUCCUUUUCAAACCAAUUGCUGUAUAAUAAUUGUCUAAUGUGAUUCCUAAAAAUAUUGUUAACUUUUUGUUUUAAAAAUGAUACUUUAACAAAGGAUGUGUGUUUUAUUCAACUGAAAGUUUAUACUAAACAACACGUGUUAGUUUCUGUGUGUUCAAUCCUCAACCUAAACAUAUACAUGGUAUCACGUGGACCACGCGCUUGUACUGAGAGUGAUUGACGUGAAAUAUACACCUUUCACGUGAUAUGUUGAAGUUCGCGUGGUUUGCAGUGUCGAGGCUUAAUAUAUAUUUAGAAUAUUUUCAUGCUGCUGGACACAAGGAACUGUUUCAUUCUAUCCUUGUGCAUUAACUGAUGCGAUUAUCGUGUGUGAACUGCUCACAAUCCGCAAUCUAUUUAACGCCUUUUGGGCAAAAUUUCAUUUCCGGAAUCCCAAUUAAUACGUCAAUAUAUCAAUGAAUACAUUUUCCAAUUCAAAAGAUAUUUCCUUGAUGACAGUUCAUUAUUUGUAAUGAUUCAAGCUUGUUUUUCAUAAUCUCAGAGAUCCAUAUGUAUUUUAUUUCAAAAGCAACAUCCCGUAUUGUAGAAUAGAAGCGACAUGUUUCUGAUGCCCUUGGGGGCGGUCGGGUAGCCUAGAUGUUAAAGCGUUCGCUCGUCACGCCGAAGACCCGGGUUCGAUUCCCGACAUGCGUACAAUGUGUGAAGCCCAUUUCUGGUGUCUCCCGCCGUGAUAUUGCUGGAAUAUUGCUAAAAGCGGCGUAAAAUCACACUCACUCACUACGAUGGCCUUGGAAAUGAUCGAGCAUGCGUAUGGUCAUUUUUACCAUCGUGUGCCAACCAUAUUACCCACCAACCUUGAAACUUGCCUCAACAUCAUGUAUCCGUUGUAUUAUCUUUGCAUCAUUCUAUCACUCGUUGUACCAUAUGUAGACAGUUAUACUGUACAUUUCGGCAGGUACUCCAAACAUCUUUAUUUCUGUACCCAAUUGUGUCGACAGUAUCUAGUUGUUUGUUGUUCAAUAUCAAAUUAUGUAUCAAAGAAAAAUAUCUGAAGAAAUGGUAUCAGGAGCCGAUUAAAACUUUAACAUAAUUUGAAAUUUUGAUAUUUAUGUAUGAAGAUUUACUAAAAUACAUUUUUUCUGUGUUCUCGUUUUGUCCCUUGUAGAGACCGACGUUGCUUGUCGAGACUUUCGUACAUGUCGACACACCAUGGAUUACAUUUCUUGUAAGUUCAUAGUCGGAUAAUUCUGUGGAUAGGUUCGCAUUAAUUUUGACGGAAUUUGUCUUGAUUAGGAGACAAUGAUUUUUUUAUCGUUUGGCAAUAAUCAAGAAAUAAUUUACAACUGUGUCACGACCAAGAUGUGUAUAUGGUGGUUAUUUGAAGUUUCCAAUUUAAUGAAAAAGCGCUUUGCGCACACGCGCGGUCUGAACGUCUACAGGGUUUUGUGAAUUUUGAACAUAUUUUGAGCUUGUCAAAAUGCUAUUUUUUUUCUAUUAAAAUAUCUCUUAAGUGA